AGGUUCAUGUCAUAGAAAAUGGUGGAUUCUGAUAGUCUAUAGAGUUAACAUUCGGAUUGGGGACCGUCAACAUGAAGACAGUUCUAAUGGUUGCAGAAAAGCCUUCCCUGGCGGCAUCCAUUGCUAAAAUACUCUCUGGAGGCAGUUCAACUUCUAGAAAAGGCAGGUCCAAUCCAGUUCACGAGUACGAUACAACUUUUAGGGGAGAAAAGGUUAACAUGAAGAUGACAUCAGUCUGUGGUCACGUGAUGUCACUCGACUUCAAUUCUAAAUACAACAAUUGGGAUGCAGUUGAUCCACUCGAACUGUUCACCGCCACGACAGUCCAAAAAGAAUCAAUGCCCAAGCUUAACAUAGUACAGCACCUCCAGUCAGAAGGGAAAACUAUAUCUUACCUCGUACUCUGGCUGGACUGUGAUCGUGAGGGUGAAAAUAUCUGUUUUGAGGUUAUUGACGCGAUCAAAGAAGUCAACAGGUUGCGAGAUGAUCAGAUAUUCAGGGCCAAGUUUUCUGCUAUCACUGACGUAGAUAUCAAAAAAGCGUUCAACACGUUAGGAAAGCCCAACGAGAAUGAGUCCCUGGCUGUAGAUGCUCGACAAAACCUGGACUUGAGAUUAGGAUGUGCGUUUACUCGCUUUCAAACCAAGUAUUUUCAAGGAAAGUACGGAGAUUUGGAUAGUACCUUGAUAUCAUACGGACCUUGCCAGACUCCGACCCUUGGAUUCUGUGUUGAACGGCACGAUAUAAUCCAGACCUUCACUCCUGAGCCCUACUGGGUUAUAGAGAUCUGUAUCUCCGCAGAGAACUUUGAAGUUCCCCUGACCUACUCCCGAGGUAGAAUAUUUGAUCAGCAAUGUGGGCAUAUCCUGCUGCUCCUCCUCAAACAGCACAACGAGGCCGUGGUACAAAGUGUGAAGUACAGCACCCAGAAAAAACAGAGACCGCAAGCAAUGAACACGGUUGAGAUGCUAAGAUUCGCUUCCUCAGGUCUGGGGAUGGGACCGCAGCAGACUAUGCAGGUUGCAGAGAGACUCUACAUCUCCGGCUACAUCAGCUAUCCCCGAACUGAAACUAACUCCUAUCCUCCUAACUUUGAUUUAAUGGGCACCCUAGCUACUCAGAAGAGUAACUCCCAUUGGGGUGACUUUGUCCGAAGGCUCAUCUCCACUGGUAUCACAUCUCCUAGGAAAGGCUCUGACCACGGUGAUCAUCCUCCAAUAACCCCGAUGAGAGCCGCCUCUGAAGCAGAACUUGGAUCAGAUGGUUGGAGGAUCUUCUCCCUGGUCUGCCAGAACUUCAUAGCAUCACUCAGUCCGGACUGUACUUACGAGAAAGUAGAUAUUACGUUUAUGAUAGGAGAUGAGGAGUUUACCUGUACAGGUUCUAAAGUGCUAGAUCCGGGGUUUACAGCCGUACAACACUGGCAGAAGAUGGAGGACAGUCUCCCUCCGGUACAGUUUGUGAAAGGAGCCAGGUAUCGGACCAAGGAGCCACGGUUAACUCAGAAAGCUACAACCCCCCCAGGCUAUCUGACUGAGUCUGAACUGAUCACUCUGAUGGAGAAACAUGGUAUUGGAACUGAUGCUAGUAUUCCAGUUCACAUCAAUAAUAUAUGUGUAAGGAACUUUGUAACGAUAGCAUCAGGACGCCGGCUGAUUCCAAACACACUAGGUAUCUUGCUGGUGCACGGCUAUCAGCGCAUUGACCCUGACCUUGUUAAACCUUCUAUGAGAUCUGAGAUUGAGAAACAAUUCGAUCUGAUAGCUGAUGGUAAAGCUAACUUUGACAUAGUGUUAGCUCACGCUGUGUCGACAUUUCAAGCAAAGUACAAAUACUUUGUGGAGAACACCGAGUAUAUGGACCAGCUAUUUGAACUGAGUUUUACAAAACUUUCUGAAACUGGAAAAUCGCUGAGCAAGUGUGGUCUCUGUACUCGCUACAUGAAACUUAUCAGUCAGAAGCCUAUGAGGCUGCACUGCAAGAACUGCGAGGCAACCUACAAGUUACCCCAAGGAGGCAGCAUCAAGUUGUACCAAGGUAACGUUUGUCCACUGGACCAGUUCGAGCUGGUGGUGUACAACGCUGGAGGUAAAUCCUUCAUCUUGUGUCCGUAUUGUUACAAUUUCCCUGAGAUUGAGGAUAUGGGUAAUAACUCUGGGUGUAACAAGUGUCCGCACCCCACGUGCCUUAAUGCUGCUCCACAGACCUCUGUAACAUCAUGUCAGACUUGUGAUGAGGGAGAUCUGGUUCUGGAUCCUAACUCAGGUCCAGCGUGGCGUAUGAGUUGUAACGAGUUGAAAUGUACGUGUGUAGUUAAAAUAUUCACAGGAGCUGUUCGUGUAGCGGUAUCUCCGGACAAUGAUUGCGAUACUUGCGGUACUUCCAUCCUUACUGUCGAGUUCAACCCAGAGAAAACACCAUUCAAGGAGGGAGUCUCUAAAAUAAUGGGGUGUGUAAUUUGUCACGUAGAACUGUCCCCACUGGUUGAACUGUCCAGACAACAGUUUAAACGGAGGAGAAGAGGGCGUGGUCGAGGAGGAAAGGGGCGUGGUCGGGGAGGGAGGAAACCUAGGACUAAGGAUGAGGCACUGGAUCAAUAUUUCGUCUGAGGAGGAAUGUAAUGUGAAGUCGACAUUUUUGAGUUUUGCGGUUGUAGUUGUGCUGAUCACGGGUGAAGACUAAAGACACUUACGAAAUAAAUUAUUUUUGAAAGCUUUUUAACUUAAACCUUGA